GAAUCCAUCUUUUAUUUACAAUCAUACAAGGAGGGGUGUGCAUUUUUGAAAAUCUAAAAUAAUUUCUCAACCCUCGCCCCCACAACGCCGGCGCCUACGACACCUUCGCCUCUCUAACUGCUCCGUUCACCAUCACCGCCCUCAAAUAUAUCUCCAUUCUCACCAAUCUUGAGGUCCAUCCAUCAUUCUUGGACACUUGAAGAAGCUCAAAGCAAUAGGCAUCACUCACUCCUCUCUCUCAGGUAGCUUCCCAAAAACUGCAUUUGAACAUUAAUUGCAUGGAGUUGUCACAAUGCCAGAAGAAGACAGCGUAACUAGCAUCAUGCAUGACGUCAGCAUCAAUCAGCCAGAAUAAUUGAGUCUAGUUGUACAUGGUCCACCUUUAAAAUGUAAGGACCAUUUCUUUUUCAGAGUCGGUGGGUUGUCCCCCACUACUUUUAUCUUUAAGUCGUCGAUGGGGCCCAAUGAGCACCCGGAAUUAUUUUCGGAAUUGAAACCCUUUGAAAUCGGUGUCUUCAGAUUGAAAGCAGAGAGAACUAGAGCAGAGCACAAACAAACUCAAGAGCAAACUUGCUUCAAUCUUUGAGUCUUUGUAGUUCAGUAAUUUCAGAAAUAAUAUUUUGAACAUGUUGAUGGAAUUGAGACACCUUACUCGCUCGGCCCCAACAAAACUUUAAGCUUGUUAGAGACUUGUCGGGGUGGUGGAAUUAAGCAAGCAAUCUGAAUCAAAGUAGUUCUAUCCCAUCAAAUCCUUAAGCUUGUUAAAGGAAAAAAGGUAGCUAGUGAGCUGAAAAUGGAAUGUGCCAUUGUUAAUGCUGUGGUGGGCAAGAUGGUAGAGUUACUUACUGGGUGCUUCUUGACAUCCACUGGGCGUCAAAUUGGUCAUGUGGUUCAUUACAAGAAAAAUAUGGAUGACCUUGAUGCUAAAGUCGAAAAUCUUCGAGGCUUGAGGGACAAGAUCAAAGAAAAAGUCGUUACUGCUGAGAACAGUGCGGAAGUCAUUGAAGAGGCUGUUUCGCAAUGGCUAACGGAUGUGAGUAAAAAGGAGGAAGACUUGGAAAGAAUAUUGGUAGACAAAAGAAACAUCAAGUCAUGUUUUAAUGUUUGUUCAAGGUAUCGGCUUAGUAAGGAAGGUAAAGAAUUGUCGUCUGGUCUUUCUGGGCUAAUAGAUGUUGGCGACAAGUUUGAAACAGUUGCACACCCUGCUAUUUGGUACACAGCUACCACAAAUUUUGAGCAGUUUGAAUCCAGAUUAUCUGUUCAUGAACAGAUCAUACAGGCGUUGACAGACCAUAAAAAUUACUACAUUGGGAUACAUGGAAUGCCAGGUACCGGAAAGACAAGAAUGGUGGAAGAAAUCGCAAAACAGGCUAAAAAAAACAACUUUUUUGAUGAGGUUGCCAAGGCAGUCUUCUCCCAAACUCCAAAUUUGGAAAAAAUUCAAAAAGAGCUUGCAGACUGUUUAAAUCUGUCAUUCAACACAGACACUGAAGUUGGGAGAAAGGGGGAGUUGUCCAACAGAUUGAAAAGGGGGAAAAAAAUCCUUGUAGUAAUUGAUGAUAUUUGGGAUGAUUUUGAGUUGGAGAAGAUAGGAAUCCCAUCUAAUGAUAAUCAUAUCAAGGGCUGCAAAGUUUUGUUAACCUCUAGGAGAGAAGAUGUGUUCAUUAAGAUGGGGGUUCUAAAACGCUUUCCAAUUGGACUUCUACAGCAAGAUGAAGCAUGGAUCCUGUUUAAGAAAACGGUGGGAGAUUUUAUUGAAUCUCCUCAUGAAAUUCAUUCUGUUGCAAAACAAGUGUGUGGAGAAUGUGGUCGUUUACCCUUGGCAAUUCUUGUUGUUGGAGCAUCACUAAGGGAUCAAAAAGAAAAGCCUGCUUGGGAUGAUGCACUUUCACAAUUGAACAAUUGUCGAGGUGAUAACAUUGAGGGAAUAUACGAAAAACUUUAUUCACGCAUAGAGUGGAGUUACAAUUAUCUAAAGCAGACAGAUGUUAAGUCUUGCUUUCUACGUUGUUCUAUGUAUCCAGAAGAUUUUGAAAUUCCGAUUGAUGAUUUGGUGAUGUAUGGAGUGGGAACGAGGUUUCUCGAGGACAGCUCGUAUACAAUGAAAACAGCUAGAGAUAGAAUUCAUGUGUUGGUUGGUAUCUUGAAGAGAUCUCAUUUGCUGUUAGAAGGUAAAAGUAAGGAGUUCGUCAAAAUGCAUGACAUUAUUCGAGAUGUUGCAAUCACAUUUGCAUCAAGAGAGGGAUUUCUAGCAAAAAUAGGUGUACCAAGGUGGCCAGAGAAAGAUGAAUAUGAAUCCCGCAAGGUAAUCUCAUUGAUAUCUGAAAAUAUUUGUGUGCUCCCCUGUCAGUUGGAAUGUCCAGAACUGCGCACUUUGCUAUUGGCAUGCCGCGCUGAUCCUAAAGCACAAGUUCCAGAUAGCUUUUUUAAACGGACUGAAAAGGUUGAAGUUUUAGAUUUGUAUCUAGUUCAGCUGCCAUCAUCACUUCUAAAUCUGGUCAACCUUCGGAUGUUGCGUCUAUAUGGCUGUGAAAAGGUCAACCUAGCUUCUCUCAAGAAAUUAAGAAAUCUUGAGAUCCUAAGCAUUGCUGAUUCUGAUCUCAAAGAGAUGGCUGUGGAAGUAGGACAGUUGACUGGCUUACGGUGGUUGGAUUUAAGGAAAUGUGAAAAGCUCGAGAUGAUUCCAUCAGGUGUCAUAAAAGGUCUAUCCAACAUGGAAGAAUUGUACAUUCCACCCAACUUUGUGGGAUGGGGGGAUGAAGGGAGUGUAGGGCUUGAUGAACUUAAGUCAUUGACUCACUUAACCACUUUACAAAUUCACAUAGGAGAUGGCAUGGUACUGCCCAAUGAGCUCAGUUUUGAGUUGUUGAACAGAUUUAAAAUAUCGGUUGGGAGGACUCAGGGUUUUGAAUAUGGUGAAGAAAACUUGGGAGCAAGGAUCUUGAGACUUGAUUCUGUUACUUUGAGGAAGGAAUUUAAUGUUUUGAUGGAGAAAGCUGAAGUACUUUUUCUAAGCAGCCUGAAAGGUUUAAAGAAUGUGCUUCACUAUGGAGAUGGAAAGGGGUUUCUGGACUUGAAAUAUCUUCAAAUUAGGGACUGCAGUGACAUGGAACAUCUACUUGGCAGACUAAAAAGGAAUUUACAAACUCAGGGUUCUUUCUGCAAAUUAAGUGUGCUAAUAGUUGAAGGUUGUACUUGGAAAUUUCUGUUUUAUUCAUCCACAGCAAGAGCUCUUCCACAACUCCAAAAAUUACAUAUAUCAGGAUGCAGAAUCAUGGAAGAAAUAAUUCUAGAGGAUGAGGAAGUAAUGGAUAAAGAUAUUUUUCAUCAAUUAAAGAAAAUGAGGUUGUAUGAUCUGCCAAUCCUCAGAAGCAUCUGCUCCAAUACGAAGAAAACGUCAACUACAGAGUGCAAUACUUCCGCCCUUGCACAAGCUCUCUUUAAUGAAAAGGUUUCAUUCCCUGCAUUGGAGAAAUUGAGGAUAGAAAAAUUGGAAAGUAUUACAGCAAUAUGGGAAAACCAAUUAUUCCAAGGUUCGGAAGCAAAAGAAAAAUCCUUCCAGCAGGUAAGUCGCAUAACGAUAGAAGAAUGUAAGAAACUGGUGAAUGUGAUACCCUCCACUUUGAUUUCAAGGUUACAGAAUCUGGAAAUACUCAGUGUUAACCGGUGUGAUUCAGUGGUAUCAUUAGUUGAAGUGCGUACGGUUGAAAAAGGGUCAGCAACAAGAGCACCAGAAAUUGAACUACCUCGGUUAAAAUCAAUGUAUCUUGAGUCACUACCUAUGCUGAUGCUCAUGGGUUUGAACAGAAAGGAACAUCCUGAUCACAGACUUGGUGCCUAUUCAAACCUAACAUCUCUCAGGAUUCGUCACUGUCAUAGUUUGAGAAAUGUAUUCUCAUCAUCUAUGGCAAGAAAUCUUGGGCAGCUACAAGAUUUGGCAGUAAUAGACUGUGCGUGCAUAGAAGAGAUAAUUGCAUUUGAAACGGGAGAAGGAAAAGAAGAGGUAAGGAAUGAUGAGAUUAUUGUGUUCCCUCAAUUAAGCACAAUGAGUCUACUUCAAUUGUCAAACCUCAAAAGUUUCUGUGGAUCCAAAAAAGCAGCAGUUGAUGAUGACAAUAUUCCCCAAGUAGAAGCCCUCUUCAAUUACAAGGUCAAAUUUCCUUGUUUGGAGAACUUUCAAUAUGAGAUGAACCACAAUGUAAAGCAGAUAUGGAACAACACAGUUCCAACCGAGUCUUUUUGCAAACUGAAAACUCUGAUUGUGGAAUAUUGUUCCCAACUACAAAGUGUUGCUCCAUCAAAAUUGCUUGAAAGUUUUCAGGACCUAGAAGAACUUCGCAUAAAUUGUUGUUGGUCCCUGGAAGAGGUAUUUAAAGUUGAAGGGGGUUCAAAUGCCGAGGAAGGAAUAGUUGCAAGAGAUAAAGAUAUACAAAAAGAAUUGGAGACCAUUUCUGAAUUGCCAUCCUUAGUAAACAUGACAAUAAUGGGCUGUCCCAACUUGAAAUCUGCAGCUUUCUUUUUCUCCAAAGAAAAGGUUGCUUUUCCUGUCUUGGAACAUUUGGCACUCUCCGAUGGAAGCAUCUUUGAAGAUAUUUGUUAUGGCCGUGUCCCAGCAGGAUCAUUUGGUAGAGUAAGAGUGUUGAAGGUGUAUCAGUGGGACAUGUUAGUGAAUGUUUCUGCUCUGCUACAGAGGUUUGAAGUUGUUGAAGAACUCACUCUGUUAAAUUGCUCUUCAUUAGAAGUUGUCUUCAACCUUGAAGGACUUGAAGACAAAGAAAGAGGUGCAACAAUGUCUUCUCAAAUAACAAAGUUGCAAUUAGAUCAUUUACCCAAAUUGGUGCAUCUUGGAAUAAUGGACUCCCAGGGACUUCUGGCCUUUCACGACCUAAGAUCUUUAAUUGUUGUAUCUUGCGAUAGCCUGAAAUAUUUAUUCUCACUUUCAAUGGCAAGAAACCUCACAAAUAUUGAACAUCUGAUUGUUGCUGAUUGUGCUGCGAUUGAAGAAAUAAUAAAAAAUGAAGAUCAAAGUGGAAAGGAUGACGACAUGGAUGAAAUUGUGUUUCCCAAGUUGCAGUCUAUAGAGCUCUGCCAACUAGCAAACCUCACAAGUUUUUGCUGGGCAAAUAAUGCUGUUAAAAUGCCAUCCCUACAGCAUGUUAGGCUGAACAAAUGUCCCAAAAUGCAUACAUUCACAUCUGGACGGAUAAGCACACCUGUGAUAGAAGUAUUUAAAGAAAUGUAUGGCUCAGAACAAAAAGUUAGUGACCUCAAUAACUACUACGUACAACAGCACCUUCAAGAAAGGAAAGGUAACUAUGGAAAUGUCUUCUCAAAUAACAAAGUUGCAUUUACCCAAAUUGGUGCACCUUGGAAUGAUAGACUCCCAGGGACUUCUGCCCUUUCACGACCUAAGAUCUUUAACAGAUCAAUAUUGCCAUAGCCUGAAAUAUUUAUUCUCACUCUCAAUGGCAAGAAAUCUCACAAAUAUUGAACAUCUGAGCGUUGCUUAUUGUGAUGCGAUUGAAGAAAUAAUAAAAAAUGAAGAUCAAGGUGGAAAGGAUGACGACAUGGAUGAAAUUGUGUUUCCCAAGUUGCAGUCUAUAAAGCUCUGCCAACUAGCAAACCUCACAAGUUUUUGCUGGGCAAAUAAUGCUGUUAAAAUGCCAUCCCUACAGCAUGUUACGCUGGACAAAUGUCCCAAAAUGCAUACAUUCACAUCUGGACGGAUAAGCAGACCUGUGAUAGAAGUAUAUAAAGAAAUGUAUGGCUCAGAACAAAAAGUUAGUGACCUCAAUAACUACUACGUACAACAGCACCUUCAAGAAAGGAAAGAAACAAGUGUCGCAAGUCUUAGAGAAGAAAUCGAGGAAGAUGAUGAAGAUCAUAUUCUGCUUAAGGAGUAAUGUAAGCCAAUUAAUCAAUAGAGAUUGAACUGGACAAGUGGACCAGAGAUCGAAGUGUUUAGGUGAAGCAGAUCUUGUGAGAAGCAGAUCUGUUGACGGAGCUAACUGAGGACCUAAAGAUCGACUUGAGUGGAGAGUUUGGCUAGGGUUUGGGAACUGAUAAUCUAGUUACAACUUCUUUGUGUUUUUUUUUUUUUUUUUCAUUUAGUGGAUUUGAUCUCUCUAUGUUACGUCCAAUGUUUUUUCUCUUAGAUUUUUCACGUAUAAAUCUCGCUAUCUAUUGUGUUUCUUAUUUCACUACUUUUAUAUGGCAUGUUUGGUUGCUCGCCAAUUUAAUUGCAUGAUGGAUUAAGUGACUUGAUAGUUUAUGCUUUACUUUAACUCUUGGAUUGUUGAAAAUUUAGUUAAAAUUCAAAAUUUAGUUAAAGUUAGUUAAUUUAGUUAUCAGUUAAAGUUCAAAUUUUUAUGCUUUGCUCCAUUAAUUGUAUGCUCUGUAGUUAUGUAAUGAUUUUGAGUUACUUGCGGAGAUAUAUUUGUUUAGUGAAUUUGAUUUAUUUUUUAUAUUGUUCAUUUUUGGUCCAGAGUCCAGACCAGUCAGCCUCUGUCAAUUGGAAGUGGAAGUGAGCUCACAAACCCAUCCAAGUGACUGAAGAUAAACGGUGGUGGAUCCAAUCCUCUGGGUUCCCUCUUGCUAAUGCCAACUUAAUUAACAAAUUGAAGGGGCACCAAAAUGGUAUUUAGGGAUACCGAAAUUGAACGCUUCAUAUGAUUUAUUAUUUUUGUUACAAUGUGUUAGCUUUAUUUUCUUCCAUAUUCCUUUUCUGCUCAAGUGUGAAUUGUUAGUUCGUGGUGUUGAAGAUUGUUUUACCUAUGGUUGAAGUUUUUUUUUUUUUUCUUCAUUUGUUCUUCUUGAGUGAUAUCAGUUUUUCUAUAUGUUUAAUACAUUGUGACUAAUUAAUUGCUGAACAAUUUUAAUAUUUCUAAUACUUAGUUAUGAUUUCUCAGUUAA